AUGCGCGUGCGUCAGUGUCUCCGAGCGAGAGCCACCGGCGUCUGUGUGUAUACGUGUGUGAGCCUACAGCAUGUUAUCUCGCACUUUUCUUUCCUUCCUUCUUUCGUUUUUUUUUCGCCGCGCGUUUCUUUCUUUGUUUCUUUCUUUUUUCUUUCUUUGUUUUUUCUUUCUUUGUUUCUUUCCUUCUUUCUUAUUUUCUUUCUUUGUUUCUUCCUUUCUUCUUUCUUUCUUUCUUUCUUACUUUUUACCACUGGCAUUCUGUCGUUUCUUUUUCUUUUCUUUUCUUUCUUUCACCUAUUUUCAUCCAUUCACCUCCAUCAUCACCACACAAGUCCUGUGGAAAUAGCACCGCGAACAACGGGGGCAGGCCUGGAACACUGGAAGCCUUCCGCCCGCGACUGCACACAGGCGGCGGAUCAACGAUGGUCACUCUCUGGUGACAUUGCCGAGUUCGGCAGCUGGAACCGUGACUGGGCUGGCCUAUUGAGGACCACCGCAUCCCACUCUAUUUGGGGAACCCCCUAG